CGCCGCCGCCGCCACCGCGCCGCGGUUUGAGGGCGGGAGGCUGGGGGAGGGUAGCGGAGCGGGUGCUGUCGCCAUGUUGGGUCUGAGGCGGCUGCUGUGAGGCGCCGACAGAGCGAGCGUGCGAGCGUGCGGUAUCUGCCUCAGUGCGAGUUGCAGGCGACGGCGGCGGCGCCAUGAGCGGGGGCACCCCUUACAUCGGUAGCAAGAUCAGCCUCAUCUCCAAGGCGGAGAUCCGCUACGAGGGCAUCCUCUAUACCAUCGACACCGAAAACUCCACCGUAGCCCUCGCCAAAGUUCGGUCCUUUGGUACAGAAGACAGACCAACAGAUCGUCCAAUACCACCACGAGAUGAAGUCUUCGAGUAUAUUAUAUUCCGGGGGAGUGAUAUUAAAGACCUCACUGUUUGUGAGCCACCAAAACCACAAUGUUCUUUGCCUCAGGACCCAGCUAUCGUUCAGUCUUCACUAGGUUCAUCAUCAUCUUCAUUCCAAUCAGUGAGUUCCUAUGGACCUUUUGGCAGGAUGCCAACAUACAGCCAAUUCAGUCCAAGUACAUUAGUCGGGCAGCAGUUUGGUGCUGUAGGCGUUGCUGGGAGCUCCUUGACAUCCUUCGGAACAGAAACGUCAAACAGUGGUACCUUAUCCCAAAGUAGUGCGGUUGGUUCUGCCUUCACACAGGACACGCGAUCCAUAAAAACACAGUUAUCUCAGGGUCGAUCAAGCCCUCAGUUAGACCCUUUGAGAAAAAGCCCAACCAUGGAACAAGCAGUACAGACCGCCUCGGCCCACUUACCUGCUCCAGCACCUGUUGGGAGAAGGAGCCCAGUAUCAACCAGGCCUUUGCCAUCUACCAGCCAGAAAGCAAUAGAGAACCAAGAGCACAGGCGAGCUGAAGUGCAUAAAGUCUCAAGACCAGAAAAUGAGCAACUCAGAAAUGAUAGCAAGAGACAAGUAGUUCCAGGUGUUCCUUCCACUCCAAGGAGAGGACGUGGGGGUCAUCGAGGUGGCAGGGGAAGAUUUGGUAUUCGGCGAGAUGGUCCUAUGAAAUUUGAGAAAGACUUUGACUUUGAAAGUGCAAAUGCACAAUUUAACAAGGAGGAAAUUGACAGAGAGUUUCAUAAUAAACUUAAAUUAAAAGAAGAUAAACUCGAGAAACAAGAGAAGCCUGUAAAUGGUGAAGAUAAAGGAGACUCCGGAGUUGAUACCCAAAACAGUGAAGGAAAUGCUGAUGAAGAAGAUCCCCUUGGGCCUAAUUGCUAUUAUGACAAAACUAAGUCCUUCUUUGAUAAUAUUUCUUGUGAUGAUAAUAGGGAACGGAGACCAACCUGGGCUGAAGAAAGAAGGUUAAAUGCUGAAACAUUUGGAAUCCCUCUUCGUCCAAACCGUAGUCGUGGGGGAUACAGAGGCAGAGGUGGCCUUGGUUUCCGUGGUGGCAGAGGGCGUGGUAGUGGCCGAGGAGGGACAUUUGCUGCCCCUAGAGGAUUUCGUGGUGGAUUCAGAGGAAGUCGUGGAGGCAGGGAAUUUGCAGAUUUUGAAUAUAGGAAAGACAACAAAGUUGCUGCAUAGUCUACAAACAAGUCUUUGAAAAUAGGUGAAUUUCUAGCUCUUCAUGGUCCUGAAAAUUGAUUUCAGUCUUUGUGAAGAAUGAAGAAGUGAAUUUGCUGUAUAUCUGUCACCAGCACUGGGUUUUGUUUGUUUCUUUUUCUGCUUAAUUCAGAAGAUGCAACACAGUUACUUUGUGGGGGGAGGAAGGCUCGCCUUGAAAAGUGAGCACUAGAUGUAUUUGGAAUAGCAGAAGGCUACAUGAUCUCUUACGUAUAGUAAACUAAAGCCGCACUUCAAUGGGACUCUUAAGUAUUUUUUCAUCACUGAAGGGAUUUUUAUUAUCACUAAAUUGUAUUUGGCAAUUGCAAGUUGCCUGCAGAUAGGGCCGUGAUACUGUGUUUUGAGCCACAGAAGGUUGUGUGUGUGUAUGUGUGUGUGUGUGCGUGCGUGCGUGCGUGCGUGCGUGCAUGCAUGUAUCUUUCUCUUUCUUUUUGGAAAUCCUAUAAUAUGAGGUAGCUUAAUUCGUCAAUUAGGGUGCUGGAUGGUAGAGAAUUUUGUCAGUCAACUAUGUACACACAGGUAAAUACUGUUUCUUAGGCAAAGGUAACUUUUUUAUAUAGUUGUAAAAUUCCAUUAUAUUCCAUUGCCAAAGAAACAUUAAGAACUUUGUAUAGCUGUAUAAAAAGCAACUAAUUUUUUAAAGAAUAAACGUUUUAAAGUCAGCAAAUAUACUGUGUCCUUGUAGACGUCCAUGCGCUGAGGAACAGAGUUACGGGUGGGUCUUUUUUUUCCUUAGCUUUCCCAACUUAAGAUUUUUGGUUUCUUUUUUAAUGUUUGGAACAUAAAUUAAGAUUUGAUACAUUAUUCCAUUAUCUAAAAAGGAUAAAUUAUUCAUGCUCAGUGUAUGAACUUCAUUUUUGUGGGAAAUUGCAGUCAGAUAUUUUCAGUGUAUGAAUGUAAAUAAUCAUAGAUAAGAAUGUACCUAGCUGUAUUUUCAGAUAAGUAGCCCUCCCUUUUUUAAGUCAUUAAAAACUAGGCAUCAAUGACCUGCUCUUCCUGCUAUGCCUGGAAUUUUGUGUGAUAACAUUGAGUUGUUCUAUUAUAUUUCAAGACCAGUGAAAGUUUUCAGAGUUAUUUUGACAACCUGUAACACAUCGUUAACACAGUCUUUGGGCCGUGACCCACAAAUGACUUGGUAUACAGUUCAUUGCUAAUUAUAAAUCACUAAUCUUUUUUGAUAUUUAAGCUAUAGUGGGGGAAAAAAAUCUGGCCACUUUGUGUUUUUAAUGAAGGCCAUGGAAUAAAGGGAUCCAAAGAUUUAAAUAUUUUUAUCUAUUUUGGUUUUUGUUAACUUUCUCCUUAAAAUAUUCAGUAGUGAUAAAGAUGUAAGAAACUGCACUGUAGGAAGAUUGGACUAUUUAAGGAUGGUUGAUAUUUUUUAUUUUAAUUUUGUAUCUUUUGUAUAGAUCUACAAGGAAAUGUUUUGUAAUUUGGUUUUGUUAUUUGAGAUCCAGUACUUGGCAGCCAUAGUUUACUAUUUGCCUGCAUGUUAGCAAAACCUUUCAGAGGACCCACAAAUCAUGAUACUGAAUACAUUUCUGAGGCACUCUGAGCCUCAAAGUAAGCCUCUAGGGCAAUACCCCAGGACUAAGAUGUCCCUGGCUGGUUUCAAGAAGAAAAACUUGUGCUCUGACGGUAUGAGUUCACAUCUUUUCCCAGCCCUCUGGGUGACUGACUAGGAUAUUCAUUGUCCCAGUAAUAACUGGCAGUAUGGCGUACCUACAGUGCACCUUACGAUAUUAAAGCAAGGUUUUUAUUCUAAAGCAGAAUAAAACUGUUCAAUAAAAAAUGCUCGUCAAUGUUCUUUCUCUU